AUGUCGUCGCCGCUGGAGGAUGUCACCGUGGGCAUGGAGGAGGAGGAGGAGCAGCGGCCCCUGAACCGGGCCCUGCUCCACCGGAGCGCCACCAACAACACCUCCCAGGUGGCCAUGGUCGGCUCCAAUCCCUGCCCUAUCGAGAGCCUCGACUACGAGAUGAUAGAGAACGAGCUGUUCGACCAGAACUGGAGGACGAGGUCCAAGGGCGACCAGGUGCGGUACGUGGUGCUCAAGUGGGCCUUCUGCUUCGCCAUCGGCAUCCUCACCGGGAUCGUCGGCUUCGUCAUCAACCUCGCCGUCGAGAACGUCGCCGGCUUCAAGCACCAGGCCGUCUCCGCCCUCAUGGACUCCACCAGCUACUGGACGGCGUUCUGGGUGUUCGCCGGCGGCAACCUGGCGCUGCUGCUGCUGGCGUCGUCCAUCACGGCGUUCGUGUCGCCGGCGGCCGGCGGGUCGGGGAUCCCAGAGGUCAAGGCCUACCUCAACGGCGUCGACGCGCCCAACAUCUUCUCGCUGCGGACCCUCGCUGUCAAGGUAGUGGGGAACAUCGCGGCCGUAUCGUCGUCGCUGCACGUCGGCAAGGCGGGGCCGAUGGUCCACACCGGCGCGUGCAUCGCCGCCAUCUUCGGUCAGGGAGGCUCCCGCAAGUACGGCCUCACCUGCCGCUGGCUGCGCUACUUCAAGAACGACCGCGACCGGCGCGACCUGGUGACCAUCGGCGCCGGCGCGGGCGUGGCGGCGGCCUUCCGCGCGCCCGUCGGCGGCGUGCUGUUCGCGCUCGAGUCCCUCUGCUCGUGGUGGCGCAGCGCCCUCAUCUGGCGCUCCUUCUUCACGACGGCCGUGGUGGCGGUGGUGCUCCGCCUCUUCAUCGAGCUGUGCGGGUCCGGGCGGUGCGGCAUGUUCGGCCGCGGCGGGCUCAUCAUGUACGACGUGAGCACCGUGUUCGACGACCUCAUGACCUACCACCUCAAGGACAUCCCCAUCGUCAUCCUCAUCGGCGUCACCGGCGCCCUCCUCGGCGGACUCUACAACUUCCUCAUGAUGAAGGUUCUCCGAGUCUACAACGCCAUCAACGAGAGAGGUGGAGCGCACAAGCUGCUGUUAGCGGCGACCGUCUCCAUCGUGACGUCGUGCUGCGUGUUCGGCCUGCCAUGGCUGGCGCCGUGCCGGCCGUGCCCCACGACGGGGCCGCUUUCGUCGCCGGACGGGACGUGCCACGCGCUGAACCGUUUCCGGCGGUUCCACUGCCCGGCGGGGAAUUACAACGACCUCGCCAGCCUGUUCCUCAACAUCAACGACGACGCCAUCCGCAACCUCUACUCCACGGGCACCAAUGACGUGUACCACCCGGCGUCCAUGGUCAUCUUCUUCGUGGCGUCCUACGCGCUCGGCGUGCUGAGCUACGGCGUGGUGGCGCCGUCGGGGCUUUUCGUCCCCAUCAUCCUCACGGGCGCCACCUACGGCCGCCUCGUCGCCAUGCUGCUGGGCGGGCGGUCCGGCCUCGACCACGGCCUCGUCGCCAUCCUCGGCUCCGCGUCCUUCCUCGGCGGGACGCUCCGGAUGACGGUGUCAGUGUGCGUCAUCAUCCUGGAGCUCACCAACAACCUGCUCCUGCUCCCGCUCGUCAUGCUCGUGCUGCUCAUCUCCAAGACGGUCGCCGACUCCUUCAACGCCAGCAUCUACGACCUCAUCCUGCGCCUCAAGGGCCUGCCCCACCUCGACGGCCACGCGGAGCCGUACAUGCGGCAGCUGACCGUCAGCGACGUCGUGGUCGGCCCGCUGCGGAGCUUCGGCGGCGUCGAGAAGGUCGGCAACGUCGUGCACACGCUCCGCACCACGGGGCACCACGCGUUCCCUGUCGUCGACGAGCCGCCCUUCUCGCCGGGGCCGCCGGUGCUCUACGGCCUGGUGCUGCGCGCGCACCUGCUGGUGCUGCUCAAGAAGAGGGAGUUCCUGGCGGCGCCGCAGCGGUGCCACAAGGAGUACGUGGCCGGGAGGUUCCAGGCGGAGGACUUCGACAAGCGCGGUUCCGGGAAGCAGGACACCAUCGCCGACGUGGUGCUGUCGCCGGAGGAGAUGGAGAUGUACGUCGACCUGCACCCCUUCACCAACACGUCGCCGUACACGGUGGUCGAGACCAUGUCGCUGGCCAAGGCGCUCGUGCUCUUCCGGGAGGUCGGCCUGCGCCACCUCCUCGUCGUGCCCAAGGCCUGCGACAGGUCGCCGGUGGUCGGCAUCUUGACGAGGCAUGACUUCAUGCCGGAGCACAUCCUGGGGCUGCACCCUGUGCUUCUGAAGAGCAGGUGGAAGAGGCUCCGGUGGCAGAGGGGCGCCGUCGCCAAGUACUUCCGCUCGCUCGUCGAGUGGGUCGCCAACAGCGGCUGA